AUGGCAGUAAUAUUGAAGCUUUUUCUUCACAACGAAUUGGCCAAACCACCACCACCUCGUCCUUUUGCACCACCAAGAGGCAAAAUGUCUCCACCUCCUAGACCUUUUCCAGCUCUGACUCCACAAUCAUUUGUUCCAGGUGCUGCGGGUGGUGGUUUUUAUCCAGGUGUUCCACCUAUGGGAGGAGCCAGUAAUUUUCCUGUACUUACUCCAAACUCCUAUCUUCCUCCACGGGGUGCUAUGGAACCACCAUUAAUGAAUUAUAGUGGUGCACCUCCUUUCUUACCUCCUCCACCAUCUUGUCAUCGAAUGCAUCCACCACCUCCUCCUAUUCUACCUCCAAUGCCAUAUCCAGCUCAAGAUCCAAUGUCCUAUCCAGCUCCAGAUCCAAUGUCCAUGAUUGGACCGCCACCACCACCAUAUUGUGAUCCAGGCCUUCGUUCAUAUUGGCAUCGUCGUCGUCCUGUGCGUAUGUGUCGUCACAGUCGUCGUUCAAGACGUAGUCGUCCUGUUAUACAUAUUAUUGACUCAAGUUCAUGUUCAUCACUAUCAUCAUGUACAACAAUAAGUUCAUGUUCACGACAUCGUCAUCGUCAUCGAUCACAUUCUCAUUCACGAAGAUGUGCAACAGCACCACCACAACAACCAAUUAUACUUUUACCUGUUCAAUGUCAGCAAUCACAACCAUCUCUAGGAGCUUCUGCUCAACAGCAAAUACAAACACAACCUCAACAAAUUGUUUUACCACCUAUUCAAAUUCAACAAUCAGGUCAAAUUCAACAGCAACCACAGUUAGCAUUACCAAUGCAACAACAAUUAGCAUUACCAAUGCAGCAACAAUUAGCAUUACCAAUGCAACAACACCUAGGAUUACCAAUGCAACAACAAGCUCUUGCUUUAUCACCUUUACAACUUACUUCAUCGAAUCCUAUGGUAAGUACAGCUUCAAGUCCAGUAAUAAUUUCUUGUGGUCAACCAAUGAUACAACCAUCAAUGUCAUUGCCACAAAUUGCUAAUAUUGGACAACCACAACAAAUACAAGCUGGACCUCUUCAAUGUAUACAAGCUGCACCAAUAUGUUCAUCACCAUUACAAUAUAUAUCAAGUGAACAGCGUUUGCCUAUUCCACCACAACAUAUUCUUGUAAACAGUACAAAGAAAAAACAAUCAGCAAAAAUUAAGACAAUUCCAAAAUUGAAUUCAGUACGAAAUUUACCUCAAAAUGAUCUUAAAUUUGGUCGACUUCCAUUUGAUUGGUAUGAUAAUGAUAAGAAAAAUAAUAUUGUUAAUGAAAAAAUUCAAGUUGGACACCGAAGAAGAAGUGCAGCUGUACGUUAA